AUGUCUUCAGUGCAUUCUGACGAAGACCAGGAGGAGAUCAACGUGGACUCUGACAGUAGGCUAUCUGGUCAUUGCGACAGAAGCAUUGCUUCAGAGGAUCGCGACUCUGAGCAUAGCUACCAUGACAGGUAUCAUGAUUCCCCAAACGAACAUAUGACUAACACGCAACAAAGGGUGAGCCUGCCUUUCAGCAUAUCCCGACUUUUAGGAAAACACUUCGAGGAUAUAGAGAAGCGUCGAAAUUCAGGGGAGAGUGAUGACAGAAGUGAUCAGGACACUGAAUCGGAAAGUGCUAAAGAUGAUGGAAAAGACAGUUCUGGUUUGCCUUUUAAUCUUUCACAUACGCCUGGUUUAUAUCCUAAUUCUGGAUUGUUACUGAGACCGGGGUUAGGAAUCGGAGCUGGAUAUGGGUUUUCCAGUAAUCCAGGGGUUGUUAGAGUACCUGCUCAUAGGGCACUGGGUGCUUUGGGUGCGUGGGGUGUGACAAUGGAUCCGAUGCGGCAGGCGGCAGCAGCGGCCUUCGCACACCAGAUUGUCAAAGACAGAUUAAAUGCGUCAUUCCCCAUCACGAGGCGGAUCGGGCACCCGUAUCAGAACCGGACACCACCUAAACGUAAGAAGCCUCGCACAUCGUUCACGAGGCUCCAGAUUGCUGAACUAGAAAAGAGGUUUCAUAAACAGAAGUAUUUGGCAUCAGCAGAGAGAGCCUCUUUAGCUAAGACCUUAAAGAUGACUGAUGCUCAAGUGAAAACGUGGUUUCAGAAUCGACGGACUAAAUGGAGACGUCAAACGGCCGAAGAGAGGGAAGCAGAACGUCAAGCAGCAAACCGCCUCAUGCUCUCCUUACAAGCUGAAGCGCUAUCUAAAGGCUACAUCCCUGAACCACCACCGGGCAGCGCACCUCUAUCAGCGUUACAUUACCAGAAUCCACCAAACAACGCACAAGCACCACCUUCGAAUACAGCGCUUAGUGCGCUGCAGAAUCUUCAGCCGUGGGCUGGAAAUCAAAAUGGAUUUAUGAAUCCAAAUCCGGGUACUGCUCCUCCGCCACACCCCCCGCCUGUCGCGUCGCCUAUAUGUUGA